GAGAGAGAGUGAGAACCAAAGAGUGCUGCGCACAAGAGAGGCAAUUCAAAAAUAAAGCAGCACCAACAAUAAAUAAUAAACACCAAAAACACACAGCCACGCGCCCACGCCUUGCCAGCCACAACACUUUCCGUCCUGAUCAGCCCAAAACUAGCCAAAAUAGAGUAAAGAAACAAAAAGAUAGGCUCGAAAAUUUAUUGCAACUUGUUGACUCCUUACAUUCCUUUUGCUGCCGCUACCAUGCGUUAAUGAAGAUGAGAGAUCGUCAACAAAAAACCAGUUACCAUCAGUUGCUGCUGCUUCUGCUAUUCGGCUAUGCAGCUUGCCUAUUGACGCUUUGCGAUGCCUGCUCCUCGCGUGCCAUAUCGAAACCACGUCCAACGCCGCCACCACCAACAGCGUCUCUGCCGCCCGAUAAUGUGAUUGUCACAACGACUAGGGCACCAUCGACACCAUCACGUCCAAAUAUAACAUUCCCCAUCUUCAAUUGCCCGCCCACAUAUGCCGCCUGGUAUUGCCUUAAUGAUGCCACCUGCUUCACGGUGGAAAUCCACAAUGAGAUCCUUUACAAUUGUGAAUGCGCCUUGGGUUUCAUGGGACCUCGUUGCGAGUACAAAGAGAUUGAUGGCUCCUAUUUGCCCACACGCAAUCGUGUGAUGCUCGAGAAGGCCAGCAUUGUGAGUGGUGCCACAUUGGCAUUGCUCUUCAUGGCCAUGUGCUGUGUGGUCCUCUAUUUGCGGCAUGAGAAGCAACAGAAACUAAAACUACACGAUAGUGCCACAGAGCAGCAUAAUGGCAAUGGAGGAGGCGGUCUAACCGGAUGCCAGAAUGAUGGAAUGGAUGAAGUGGAUGGUUUGAAAUCGCUACGUUUUCCAGCACGACGACCGUUUGCUCCCUGUAGGAUUCUUACCUUGGAGGAGGCUCAUUAUCAAUCGAUUUCGGCCUCAAAUCGCAUUAGGCACUAACUAACUGAAAAGAAAUACGAAUGUCUAACAUUUAAUGUUUAUUUAUCCUCUGUUUUAUUUUAACUGUUCUGUUCUGUUUUCUAACUUUUAAUUUUGUUUAUCUUCUUUUUUUUAAUCUUUUAAACACGGAACGAAAACAAAGCGGUUUUUGUUUUGUUUUGUUCAAGUGCCUUUAAAAAUCGACGCCGUGUCGAAGUAUUACAAAACAAUUUUCAGCUAACAGCGAGAGAAAUAGAUCUAAUGCAAUGCAAUUUUUUCGGCAGUUAGCCGCCUAUUUAAAUUAAUUUUAUUAAUUAUUUAUUUAUAUAUAUAUAUAUAUAUAUAUAUAUACAAACAUAUAUUUCAUUACAAAAUGCGCGUAAACUAUUAAUGUUUAACAAUAAUAAUAAUUAUAAUAAAAAAAAUGAAAACAA